AUGCAAGGAGAAUUUAAUGGUUUGAAAACUUUGAUAUUGAAAGAAAAUUCUUAUGCUUUCUAUGUACAUUGCUUUGCUCACCAACUUCAGUUAGCUCUUGUAACGGUUGCAAAAAAACAAGUUGAAAUUGCUUUGCUUUUUAAUUUGUUAACUAAUUUAUGCAAUGUUGUUGGAGUUUCGUGUAAACGAAGAGAUAUGCUUCGUGAUAGUCAAAUGACUAAGACAAUUGAAGCACUAAAAAGUGGAGAAAUUUCUAGUGGGCGUGGUUUGAAUCAAGAAACAACUUUAAAAAGAGUUGGAGACACUAGAUGGGGUUCACAUUACUCAAAUUUGCAUCAUUUUCAGGUUGAGAUAUUCUAUCAAGUAGUUGAUAGACAACUUCAAGAACUCAAUAAUCGUUUUACAGAGGUGAAUACUGAAUUGCUUCUUUGCAUAGCUUGUUUGAAUCCAAGACACUCAUUUUUUGCAUUUGAUAAGGAGAAUUUGAUCCAGUUAGCUCAAUUUUAUCCAUUAGAAUUUUCUUCCACUCAACUUUUGGCACUUGACAGUCAACUUGAGAACUUCAUACUAGAUGUGCGUUCUGAUGAUCAAUUCUCAGACUUAAAUGGAAUUAGUGCUCUUUCUCAGAAGUUGGUUGAGACUCGAAAAAAUAUUGUUUAUCCAUUAGUGUUUCUUCUUUUGAAGUUAGCUUUAGUUUUGCCCGUAGCAACUGCAUCAGUUGAAAGAACUUUUUCUGCUAUGAACAUCAUAAAGAGUCGACUUCGGAUGGGAGACGAAUUUUUAAAUGAUUGUUUAGUGACAUACAUAGAAAGAGAGACAUUUGAUUGUAUUGACAAUGAAAAGAUUAUUCAAUCUUUUCAAAAUAUGAAACCUAGAAGAAUGGAAUUCUAA